UCGUAACGUGAAUUUAUCGUUUUUCUGUAUGAUUUUACCAGCGUUACAAAUUAUUUUGUAGUGAUUUCAAUCUAAAUGCAUGCUAGGUGAGUUCCGCGAUGUCCUAACAUCAAAAUUGCUUGUGAAUAAAGCCUGCGUCAAUUUAUUAUGUUCGUACCAAACUUGUUAUAUUCCUCUUAACAUGGCGCUGUCCAACGACAUGUGGGGUAGAUAACGCUCGUUCUUUGUCGUGUUAGGUUGUGGUUUUAUGUUAAAAGUAGUGUGAUUUUGUUUCGGGAAAGCUCAUAAUAAGUAUUACAGCAUCUAAUGUAACGAUCGUAUGGUCUUCGUUUCGUAAAUCGAGGCCAAAGUCAAGGGCCUAACAAUGGUGAAAACCCGACGUAGUAACGGAGAGAACGGUGAGGUUGAGGACGGAAAUUAUACAAUAAACGACGUUGGCAGCGUCUCCGAUGAGAAGGCAUCAAAUUGGUCUAAGAGAGAGCUAAGAAGCAGCCAGUAUAAAGUUACAAGAAAAAUACAGCGUUGGCCAACAAAGUACAGCCGCAGUCGUCUCCGUGCCAUAAAAAUGCCUCGUUUAGUGUUUCCUGAGAGUGACACAGAGCCCGAGAAAUACUCCAGAAGAUCAAGGCAAGUAAGAGUGUUUUUUGCUGACGAGAAUGAUUCCAAUAAUAGGAGUAUGAAAAUAAGAAGAAACAGAGGACCAAGGAAAAAUUACAUGGAAGAGAGUGAAGAAAAACAACAAAAUGUUUCAGAUGUGAGACGCAGCUGUCGCAAGCGGAAGCUGCUGCAUCACAACUUCAACGAAAGCUGGAUCACCAAUGAGCUCAAAGUUAAAGGGUACCCUGACCUAUACGGGUUCCCGGAGUCCAGCUCAUCAGAUGAUUUCUCCUCGGGUGACGAGGCAGCGGUGACUAAGAAGCUGACGCGCAGCCACAGGCCAGCAAACACAGAUGAUGACACACAGCGUCAGCGCCGUACCUCCGCCAGAUUUAGUAACAAAAAGGAUGCUUCAGAAUCGGAGUCAGAGGAAGAGAACAAUCAAACAGUCAUCGAGAAGAAGACCACAGAAGUUAAGAAGGAGGAAGAAACUGAAAAGCCGGAGACAAAAGAUACGGAGAUGAAAGAAGAAGACAAGAAAGAAGAUGACAAAGAUAAACAAGAAGAUGGAACAAGUGAAAGCAAUCAAAGACCUGUGAGAUCUACUAGACGACGCGGCAGAAGAAUCCAGAAGAAAGAUGAUAGCCAGCAGGACACUGCGUCAGAGUCAUCGUCGUCGGAGUCGUGCGCGCUGACGCUGCGGCAGCCGCGGCGCUCGGGCCGCACGCGCGCCGCGCCCGCCUUCGUGCAGCUCGCGCCGGGGGAGACGCGCGCGCGCGGUAAAACAUUCACAAUCAGAAAGAAACCGUACAGUUUGAGGGAGAGAAAACCGAAAUUAUUACGUAGGAAAACUAUUAGAUCACAAUCGCCGUCCACAAGUACCAGCAGCACUUCUAGCUCCGACACAGAGGAAGACCUCAAUGUUUCUAUGAAAAACAAGACUAAGGGCAGACAAAAAUCUAAGUCAAUGGACGAUAAGACUGACAAGGCGUUACGUGACAUACAACCUAUUGCUGUCGAUGGAAGUGUUAGGUUUUCGUCGGUCGGAGGUCUAGAGGAGCACAUCAAGUGUCUUCGCGAGAUGGUGCUGUUCCCGCUGAUGUAUCCGGACCUGUUCGACAAGUUCCGCACGCGCCCCGCCAGGGGCGUACUCUUCCAUGGACCCCCCGGUACGGGAAAAACGCUGCUAGCCAGGGCCUUGGCGAACGAAUGCAGCCUCGUCGGUGGCAGGAAGGUGGCGUUUUUCAUGAGGAAGGGAGCGGACUGUCUCAAAAAGUGGGUGGGGGAGAGCGAGAGACAUUUGAAACUGCUGUUCCAACAGGCGAACAAGAUGAAACCGUCUAUAAUAUUUUUCGACGAGAUCGACGCUCUGGCGCCGGUGCGCAGCGUACGGCAGGAGCAGGUGCACGCCAGCGUCGUCGGCACGCUGCUCGCCGAGAUGGACGGCCUGACUGACAGGGGCGAGGUGAUAGUGAUCGGUGCGACGAACCGUCUCGACGCGGUCGACCCGGCGUUACGUCGCGCGGGGCGCUUCGACCGCGAGCUGCACUUCGCGCUGCCGGCCGCCGCCGCGCGCGCCGACAUACUGCGCAUAUACACCGCGCACUGGACGCCGCCGCCCUCGCAGCAGGCUAUAGAGCACAUAGCUGACGUCACUAACGGCUACGGCGGUUCUGAUCUGAAAGCGCUAUGUUCUGAAGCCGUGUUGAAGGCGCUCAGAAGAGUUUACCCUCAAGUGUACAACAGUGAACACGCUCUACUUAUAGACCCCAGAAACGUGGAAGUACGAUUAGAGGACAUGCGGGGUGCCAUGGUGGGACUGGUGGCAGCGGGCGCGCGCUGCGGCCCCGCCCCCGCGCGCCGCCUGCCCGCCGCCGCGGCGCCGCUGCUCGCCGCACAGCUGCACGCCGCGCACGCACUCAUGCACGCACCGACCCCGCCCCACGAGAGGUCCACAGAGUCACCGCUGGCGCUACCGACGUUGCUGUUACUGGGCGAGUGUGCGGACACAUUACUGGCGCCAGCACUGCUCGAGCGAACCGCACUCACGGUUAAAGAGCUGAGUGUAGCGACGCUGCACUCAGCGAUGGCAUUCACGCAGGAGCAGGCGCUUUUAUCAGUAUUCUCGGAGUGCCGGCGCGCGGACGGCGGGUGCGUGCUGUGGGUGAAGGACGCGCGCGGGCUGUGGGCGGCGCUCGGUGCGUCCGCGCCGCUGCUGCCCGCACUGUGGCGUGCGCGUGCCGCGGGCGACGCCACCGCCCUGCUGGCCACGGCGCCGCUAGAUGACGAGCUGCCAGCACAGUUCCUUGAAAUGUUCCCGUCGUACAAGAACUGCGUGUACCGCGUCCGCGAGCCUCACACGAGCGAGGUGAUCAACUUCCUCCGGCCGGUGGUGACUGAGGCGCCGCUGCGGCCGCCCGUCAUAGAGAAUACUGAGCCGCCACCGCCGUUGCCGAGAGCGCCCCCGCCGCCGCCUCCCCGCGAGUCGCCCACGGAGGUGGCGCGACGCAAACGCGCCGAGGACUACAAGCUGCGCGAACUGCGGAUAUUCCUUCGUGAUAUCUGUCGAAAAUUAGCAUCAAAUAGGAGGUUCUACAAGUUUACCAAGCCCGUGGAUUUGGAAGAGGUGACAGACUAUCUGGACAUCAUCAAACAGCCGAUGGAUCUGGAGACGAUGAUGACGAAGGUCGACAUGCACAAAUACAACUGUGCCAAGGAAUUUCUGGACGAUAUCGACUUGAUAUGCGCCAACGCGCUAGAGUACAAUCCUGAUAGGGCUAGAGGGAUGUGUAGGACGUCGUCCGACAAGCAGAUACGUCACGAGGCGUGCUCGUUACGGGACCACGCGCAUGCGCUCUUCGACGCCGAACUGAAUAGCGACUUUGAGAUGGAGUGCCGUGAGAUCGCACAGCGCCGCAAACAGGAGGGCGAUGCGGAUAACGAUCUACCUGAUUUUAUAUACACCGCGUCGAACCUACCUGGCAUGAACGACUCACAGAACGAUAGCAAAAUCCAGUCGACGCAGAAUGGCGAGAAGUCUGAAACGCAUUCCGCUAAACGCAAGCGGAGAAGAAUGAACGCCUGGUCCAAGGGAUUAGUGGUGAAGCGACCGAGGACAGCGCAAAAGAGCUUUACAAGGGACACGAGCGGUAUAACAGACGAGGAGUUUAAAGAGAACAAGCCAAUCACAUCGACGCCGCUCGCGAACGGGUCGUGUUCGUCCGGCUCGGACGAUGACGCGCCGCUGCGGCCGCCGCGCUCGCGCUCCCCGCCCCACUCCCCGUCGCCCGCGUUACACCCCGCCGCUUACAAUAUGGCGCAUGAGAUGUCCGCUAAAACUCCAGAGAAAACACCAACAAAAACAUCACCAAAGAAAAGAAAUUCCGGUCAAGAAGUAUCGAAUUGGGAUGCCGAAACAGUAGUGAUAAACAAGACUGAAUUAGAUAACAUACUGUAUAAGAACGCGAAGGCGCUACGAAGUAUAGGUCUCGAGGCGCUACUCGACCUACACUCACAAAUAGAAGCCGCGACGCAGACAUACAGGUACCAGUACGAUAGAACAAAACUGCCACAAGAGAUACAAGCCAUAGUCAGCAGGUAUAUACAGCACGCUAAGAAAUAAAUGGCCAACCUGAGCCUUCUGUCAAAAGUUCAAAUGUAUACUCCAUAAAAGAUUUAGCUCCACUGUGCGAAAGAGACAGCCAUAGUCGUACUUUCUUUCUCUACAGCAAGGCUGUCUGUCUAUUUUAAGCACCAAAGGUUCAUCACACCUGUAAAAGUAUAUGCAGGGCUUCUUAACUUUUGCUCGCAGAUGCAAAAUAAAUAUUUAUUUUUACUACUUGAUAAAAUAGCUGUAUAUAAAGAAAGUUUUUAUUUAAACUACUCAAAAGAUACUCCAUAGUGCAAAAGUUAAGGAGCACCGUCUUUGAACAUUAAACUCAGUACAAAAUUUUAUUUCUCUAACGAAUGUUUUAUUCUUCAAACAUUUUACUCGUUAUAGCAAAGAAUAAUAUUGAUUUAGAAAAAAUGGUACAUUCUUUAAGUUAUUACUAUUAUUAACGAUUGCGUGGGACUUAACACCAAAACGUGUCGGACUGAAAUGACUGUUAAAUUUAAUUACCUACCGUUAAUUCUAUCAUUGUGAUUGUCUGUGAACAUUCACAUAUUUAAAGCACAUGCUUUAAAUUGCUCAGCAUCAUACGUGUCAAUUUCACCAAUACUGCAAUUAAUUUUAAUCGUGUAUUGAAAUUUCUUGCCUUCUCUUUCAUAAAUACUUGGAAUGAGAGAGAACAUUAUAGUUUUCUUUUAAAUAUUCUAUUAUAUCUUUAUAAU